AUGCCCCGCAAGUCGUCUUCCCCCCUGCCACGGACGGUAUCCGGUAGCUCCUCGUACCGAUCUCGCAAGCUGCGAUUUCCGCUGCCCGACAACUACUUCCCACCGCUCCGUCUUUCGCUGUCUGACGUACAGGAGUAUAAGACGCAGGUGGAAGCCAUCAUCACGAAGACGAUGGAGUCGUGCAAGGAGCACGAGGCGUGCGUCGCCGGCUUCAACCCAGACGAGGACAAGUGCUGGCAGGACGUUGCGCACGACUCGGACCUGUCCGUCGCCCGUCGAAAGCAGGGAGCGACCACGACCACGCGCACGUUUGGAACAGUGCCGGGUGACUUUCACCGGUUUGUGGACUUUUUCUCAUCCAAGACGUCCGAGCAGCUUUUCGCGUGGAACCAGUUCUUCUUUGGCUGUGCAAUUGAUGCUGUGGUGCUGUGUAACCUAAACGUGGAUCAUCAAGACGACCAGAUGACUCUUGGUAUCAAGUGGACGUGCAUGCAGCCGUCAAUGCUCACUCGCAAGCGUGACGAGUGCUUCCUCGAGUACGUGGGGUUCCGAAAGGACGAUCAGGGCCGCGAGAUUGCGGUGACUGUUCGUUUGCCCGUGGAGAUCCCCGAGUGCCCGCCGCUGCCCGACGAGCUCAAGACAAAACGUGAAAAGGUCACAACGGUCUCAAUCGUGCGCGCGUCGGAAUCGCGUGCGAACGCUACUCAGAUAUUUAUGCUGAGUCAGUCUGAACACAAGGGACUCACAGCUUCUACAAAGUACUGCAAGAAGUUGCUUAAAGCACUCAAAGAUGUCUCGCUCUCCGCUGAUGCCAAGUGUAUUGCCACUGCGCUCAUGAGACCCGGAUUUCUGGAGCAGUCGCAAGCCGGAGGCAAGCCUUUCGCGAUGGAGGCCACUAUUCGUCCUUGGGUGCCGACUUCGUGUGUUCAACGUGGCUGCACGAGUUGCUCUCGGCCUUUUCGAGGUGGGCAUAGGCGCCACCACUGUCAGAUGUGCGGUGACGAUUUCUGCCGCAAGUGCCUUGUUCAACGAGCCAGCGCUCGUCGGCGAGGGAACACUGUUGGCCAUGAUGCUACGAUGACGAGCCAACGGACGUUCCGCGUGGUACAGUCUGCGUUCUGCAAGGUGUGCAUCAGUCGCACGUGUGAAGAGGACGCAGAACCUAGUCACGAGCAAAUGGAAGCCGAUCGUCGUUCCGAAGUAUCGUCAAUAUCGUCUGCAAUGCCCCGUCGCUCGUCAAUCGAACAACAAACGGCGAUUGCUUCACCGAAAUCUUCGGUAUCGCGCAGCUCCCUGUCCCAGCAGACUGAUGCAUCGUACAGCAUUGCGAAUUGGAACGAGGAUACGCGCACGUCUUGGUGGUCCGAAGUUGACGCGGACGCGUGCAGCUGGAAGUCGGGGUCAAGCCAUUUCAGCAGAAUCUCGCGCAACCAUAGCGGCAUCGCCACUGUGCGUUCAUCGGUCAGUUCCGAUUACUCGCUGGGCCGCAACUCCAUUUUGGCACCGCAAUCACUCAACACUCCUCACGAAGUUGACAUUGUCCAGCUUGACGACCAGCUCGAAGAGCGUUCCAGUAUCUACGAAGUGAUCGACACGAAAGACAUGAUGCGCGGACACCGAUCUGAAUCGGAUCACCUUGCAGACGAGGGCUUCUGCAGCAUGUACCCAGACACCAGUCGCGCUCGACAGUCGUCUACCCCCGCGACUCCGAAGACUAUGCCGCGGCAUCCGAAAAGCACUCGAAACUUCAACACGGCCGACUCAAUGCCUUCUUCAAAGUCGCUGGACCAGUGCAUUGCCGAGCAGAAUGAACUGUUGCUGCAAGUGCUUUCUGCCAGUCGGAUAUUUAACCCCAGGGUCCAAACUCGCGCCAAAGCGCCAUCUGAGACCGAGAGCAUACAUGAAGGCAGCAACGAAAGCGACGACAACGGCAUGUACGAGCUAUGA